AUCAAAAAGGAAAAAAAAAGGAGAACAGACAGAGCGCUCCGGUCGCCGGCCGCAACGCCUGCCAUCCUCCUCGACGGCGGCGGCAGCCAUCUCAUCGUCUUCCCCUCCCCGCGUCCAAUCCCACCCUCCCAUCUCCUUUCCCCUAGCAGCCGCCGCAUAGAACACAGAUCCGACUCCCCUCCCCUCCCCCGCCAUGGAAAUUUGGAUCUAGACCUCCCCCUCGUCAUCUCCUCCCCGCCCACAGCACGGUCGGGCGGCAGAUACUCACGAUGGAUGGAUACGCAAUCAUCUCCUCUGAUCAGGAACAACCAGUAAUCGGUGCAGAUUGGAGUUCAGGGGCACUGUCAGAUGAACUGGUGAUACAUGCAAACUCAGCGGACCUUUCACUGCAGCUUGCUGAAGAACAAAGCCAGUUACAUGAUAUUAUGGGAAUCAAUGAAAUGCCAAUUAAUGACAUAGGCAGUGCAAGUGAUUCAGAGGGCAGCUCUGGGAAUGAGACAGAUAAAGAACCAGGAAAGUACUUCUAUCCUGGUUUUGAGGAGUUGGUUAAUCCAAGACCACCAGAAGUUGGAAUGAGAUUCCCAACCCUUGAAGAUGCGACCCGAUACUAUAGUGCACAUGCUCUCCUGUCUGGUUUUGUGGCAAUUAGGGGACCGAAUUUUAUGAGAAAGAAGUUCCACGUGGAAUGCAACCGGAGCCGCAAAUUGGCGCCAUCUCAGGACCUGAAGAGGAAGAGGGAAGUAUAUUCUGUGAAUAAGGCACAAUGUGAGGCAAGGGCGGUCGUGAAGCCUGUUAAGGGGCAAUGGGAGUACACAUCAGUUCGGAGUGAGCACAACCAUCCGUUAUGUCCAAGCCCGUCACUCACAAAAUUCUUCCUUAGCUGCAAACACAUGUCAGCUGAAGAAAAAUCGUUUUUAAGAGCUCUGCAACAAAGUAGUAUACAUCCCAAGAAAGCUAUGAAGAUCUUCAAGAGAAUGAGAGGUAUUUUGGGGAGCUUACCAUUCAACACAAAAGAUGCGAAUACGUCACAGUGUGCAGAACAACAGGGAAAACCAAACUCGGACGUAGAAACAACAGUGAAGCAUUUGAAGGAACUGGAGCUGCAAAACCCAUGUGUUUCCAUCACCAUGCAAACAGAUGAAGAUAGCAUAGUCAGGAGUCUUUUCUGGACUGAUGCAAGGUCGAGGCUUGAUUAUGAGAUCUUCGGAGAUGUCUUAUCAUUUGAUACCACCUAUAGCACAAUUAGUCACAAUAUGCUUUUCACUUCUAUCAGUGGAAUGAAUGAGCAUGGAAGAACUCUCGUGUUUGGAUACGCCUUGCUACAGGAUCAGAAAGCUGAAACCUUCAAAUGGAUGUUCCAAACAUUCCUCCAUGUAAUGGGAGGGAAAAUGCCAAGAGCAAUCAUAACAGACCAGGAUGAAGCUAUAGCAAAAGCAAUUUCGGAGGUUAUGCCACAAGUAAAGCACAGGUUCUGUAAGUUCCACGUAAUGAGGAAAGCACGGGAAAAGCUUGGAGGUUUCAUAGCAGCAAGAGGUAACAUAAAUUCAGAGUUGCAUGCCCUAGUUAACAACUCUCUAACAGAAACAGAAUUUGAGGAAGGAUGGGCUGCGCUGAUUGAGAGAUACAGUGCAAGUGAAAAUGAGUACCUGCAACUCCUGUGGGAAACAAGGAAAGAGUGGGUGCCUGUUUAUUUCAGAGAAGAUUUCUAUCCAUUUGUGGAAACGACUGGAUGUUGCGAGGGGGCAAACUCAUUAUUCAAGGACUAUGUGCUUCCUAAGGACAGAAUAGAGAAGUUCCUUGAAAGAUAUGAAGACGUACAAGAGAGGAUAAUGGAAACAGAUGAUGAAGAUAGGCUGCAAUCAAGAACUGAACCUUCAUGUUUCUCAAUGCAGCCAAUAGAAAAGCAUGCAGCACGCAUUUACACAAGGCAGAUAUUUCUGAAAGUGCAGAGGGAGCUGCUCCAUUCUACAGCAUUCAACGUGCAGGAGAUACAGACGGGGACAGUGUACAGACUGGAAAAGGUGUCCGCCUACGAGAACCCAGAGUUUGACAGAAAUUCCUUCGAGCUGUUAGUCGAGCCCAGCACCAAUGCAAUCAAAUGCGAAUGUGCAAAGUUCACUAGGGAUGGUAUACCGUGCUGCCACAUAUUCAGACUUUUCACACAGUUUGGGGUCAAUGAAAUACCAGGGCAAUACAUAGUGCCCAGGUGGACUGCCAAAUUUAAAGAAGAGCAGAUGAAACAGUACAGGGAGAAAUGCUUGGACAGCCCUGGCAUAGACCAAUCAGAAAAUACCAUGAGGUAUGCAAUGCUGCUGAGUAAAGUAGCUGACAUUGGCAAAGAAAUAUGCGGCGAUGGCUCGAAAUGCGAUAAAUUCAGGCUGGAACUGGACACGAUUCAGGGGAAAACUGGAAACGACGGCAUGAGAGACACCUCAAACUAAUGACAGUUAGACUGUGCUUGUCGUGUAUGCGGGCUCUGAGAAUUGUCGCUUUGGCAGCAGCAGCGGCUGGGCACUGGCGCUCCCGUGAAGUUGCUAUUGUCUGAAUCAAUAAAAGCCUGUUGUCAACUGUUGAUGGACAUCAGCAACCAGGACGAAUCUUAGUUAGGAGAGUCAGUUAAAUCGUUGUCAUUGAGACUCAUGUUAAUGAAGUAGAACAGUAGGUUUCAGGAGAUAGGUUGUCUAUCCAUGUUGUGCCCAGGAUUAUGCUGGCAUGAAUCUAUCUUUACCUGCGGUUUCAUAUGUCAACAUUAACAUUUACCUGCUUCACCUUC